GCCGCUGUUGUGUAAUAAAUUAUUUUUAUAAACGUGUUAAUAGAUAUUUAUUACAGUUGUGACUUUUCAAAUUUAGAAAAAAAUGACAACUGUUGAUCCUGGUAAGGUAACAGAAGUAGGAAAAUUUCUCACAGACAAAACAUGUCCAUUGAAAGACAGGUUUAGGGCCUUAUUUACAUUGAGAAAUCUUGGUGGUAAAGAGGCCAUUGACAUCAUAUCGAGCUGCUUUGAUGACGACUCUGCCUUAUUAAAACACGAACUAGCUUAUUGUAUGGGACAAAUGCAGGAUGACUAUGCUAUACCAUCUUUAGUUAAAGUUUUAGAAGACACAUCUCAGGAACCUAUGGUUAGACAUGAGGCAGGUGAAGCUCUUGGUGCUAUAGGUAAUGCUACAGCUUUACCAAUAUUAGAAAAAUACUGUAAGGAUCCAGUUAUAGAGGUUGCAGAAACCUGUCAGUUAGCUGUUCAGAGAUUAAAAUGGUUAGAAAACCCAGAAGUUAGUGAAUUAUCAAGUAACCCUUAUAAUUCAGUUGAUCCAGCACCUCCUGCCCAACAUAGUGAUAUAACUACAUUAAAAAAUACACUUCUUGAUGAAGAUUUGUCACUAUUUCAACGUUACAGAGCUAUGUUUACUUUAAGAAACAUUGGAAAUGAUGAUAGUGUUCUUGCUUUAGCAGAAGCUUUAAAAUGUAGCAGUGCUUUGUUACGUCAUGAAAUAGCUUAUGUCCUUGGUCAAAUUCAGAGUGAUGUUUGUGUAGAACAGUUAGCAAGCAAUUUGUCUGAUAAAGGUGAAAAUCCCAUGGUUCGGCAUGAGUGUGCAGAGGCAUUGGGAUCUAUAGCAACUAAAAGAUGUAUGAAGAUUUUAGAAAAUUAUUCUCUGGACAAUGAGAGAGUUGUUAAAGAAAGUUGUUUUGUAGCUCUAGACAUGAGUGAAUAUGAAAACAGUAACCAGUUCCAGUAUGCAGAUGGUUUAGGAAGAACGGAAAAAUAAACCUUUGUGUGCAAAUAUAAUCAAUUUUAAAUCAUGC